AUGGCGGAGGAGCCAGAUGAAGCAAUGAGGGAGGUCAUGGAGGCAGAGGAUGACCUGGAAGAGGUGGAAGGCGAUGAAGAAGAUGCCGAAGCGGGCUGGGAGGGUGGAGAGGGCGAGGCAAUGUGUCGCCCGCCCGAUGAGGAGGAUGAGGCCUUGCAGCUGGACCAUCAGCUAGAUGAAGGUAAGUUUCAUGUGGGUGUGAGUUGGGUACACCUGGCCGGCCUCAGCGGCAAGCGAGAGCAAUACAAUGGAAUGAAGUGCUUGAUCACCUCUUUUGGCGUUCGUAAUCCAGCUCUUGUGAAGGUUCGUGCUGUUGAGAAGAACGAGCAUGGCAAGUACAUUGCCUUAUGGGUGAAGAGGAUCAAUUGUCGCAACACCGUGCACAAGGACACCGGUGCCUGGAAGGCCACUGAGAAUCCGGAAAACACCGGUGCCACGGGCGCCGCUCGCUGGGUGGCGCUCGGUCGCUCAGAGGUCGAUGCAAUGCAGGGAAAGUUGAAGUUUCAAAAGACACCGGAAGAGGAGGCUGAGAGAGAGGAGCUCUUCAAACUCAUUGAUGUGAAUCACAAUGGAAAGCUGAGCCUUGCAGAGAUCGACAAGGCGCUUCCCGAAGUGAUGGGUUGUGUGGCCCUCUUCAACGCUAAGCCUGCCAUCAUUCGGGCCUUCUUAGCCGCCACGGGACGGCCUGCAUGUCGAAAUGACAACACGGCCUUCCGUGAGCAUUCUCGAGACUAUGUGAAGCCGGGGGAGCAAUUUCGGAGAUUGAUCCAAUACCUCCAUGAGUUCUUUGAAAUGUACCUGAUCUUUCAAGACAUGGCCGAUGCUGACGAAGACCGUCGCAUCGACUGCAAGGAGUUUGCCGAGUUCGUUGCCUCGGGCAAAGCCGAGAAGGUGGGAAUCCAGGUGACUCCCGAGAUGAUGGAAGACCGAUGUGGUGCGACACCCAUGCCAGGGUAUUCCUUAUUCAAUGAGAUUGAUGAAGACCAAGGCGGCUGCAUUCUCUUCAAGGAGUUUUCAGACUAUUGCAUCCGCAUGGGUCUCAAGACUACUGCAGGUCGAGAUCCAAUUGAUGGCGGAAAAUUGCGAGCCAUGUUCCAUCAAGCGAAAGACAUGGAUGACGCCAUCUCAAUUGGCCGUUUUGUAGAGAUAUUGAAGAAGGUUGGCAUCAGAGACGGGGAGAUUGAUGCAAUCAUCAAAGCAACGGACAAAAAUCACAACUACAAGAUCGACAUCGAUGAGUUUGUUGAGUGGCUCACGCAAGACGACCACCAUGCCGCAUUGAAACGGGCCGAAAACGACGGCUAA